AUACACGUUGGUUGACAGGCUGGAGAUCUCGUAUCUGGAAAUCUCGCUUAAUUCACGGUGAAUUUUGACAACAAGAGCAUAGGAAUCAGCUGGAUUUUGCUGUUAAUUAAGGAUACACAACUUUACAAUGGAUGAUCGUCUGAAGUACAGCACCCCAAUAAUGCCACCAAUCUACCAAGCGUCCACAUACUAUGUUAAAUCAAUGGACACUUUUGAAGAACUUAUCAACAAAGAUGGCUAUUUCUAUCUGCGACACGGGUGUCCCACAUCUAGAGUAGCAGAGGACGCUAUUAAGGAGUUAGAGGGCGGGGUUGGCACCUGCGCGUUCAGCAGCGGCAUGGCAGCCGUGUCCACUAUUUUCAUGGCUUUUCUGAAGCCUGGAGACCACAUGGUGGUGAACUGCCCAGUCUACAGUGGUGUAGACAACUUCAUCAGAAAGUUUCUGGUCCCCAAGAUGCAGAUAGAAGUUACCAGGGUCCCCGCCGGAUGUGACGUAGAGAUGUACCGGAAACACGUCAAGGAAAACACCAAGAUAUUAUACGGGGAGACCCCCUGCAACCCAAUAUUGACCAUUCUGGACCUCGAUGCCUUUGGAAAACUUGGUCAGAGUCUCCCUGGGGUGAUCACAGUAGUGGACAGCACCUUUGGUGGACCUUACGUCCAGCAGCCUAUUAAGCAUGGGGUGGACAUCUGUUUUAACAGUUGCACCAAGUAUUUGGGCGGCCACAGUGAUCUUCUUGGUGGAUGUGCCACGACACGAACAAAGGAACUGUAUGACGUCAUCCAAGAUAUGUCCAUAACAGCGGGUAACAGACUUAAUCCCUUUGACGCCUCUCUGUUGUACCGGGGAGUGCUAACUCUCGGUGUUCGAAUGGAAAAGCACUCCCAGAAUGCAUUGGGACUGGCCAAGUUCCUGGAGAACCAUCCAAUUGUAAAUCAAGUAUGGUAUCCCGGCCUCCCCUCCCACCCACAGCACGACACAGCUAAAAAACAAAUGAAAGUUUACGCAGGCAUGAUUGCAUUCGACAUGAAAUGUUCACUGGAAUGUGCCAAGAGUUUUGUCGAGAAUCUAAAAGUGAUAAAGCUUGCGGUCUCCCUUGGCGGUGUCCACAGUCUCAUAGAGCUAGCCAGCCUGAUGACACACGGUCCGUGGAUCUCUGGGGAGGAGUGUGCCGCGCUGUAUAACCUUCCUGAGACCCUGAUUAGGCUAAGUGUCGGAAUUGAAGACCUGGACGUUCUGAAGGAAGAUCUUAAACAGGCACUUGAUAAAAUACCAGUAGCUUCAUGAGAUAGUUUCAUCG